CUCCCCGCCUCCAGCAGCGCCAUGACCAGCUCGGUUGUUGUCGCCGCCCUCGUGGUCGUCUUCGUGGCCCUGACUAGUGCCGCGCCCCAGCCUGAGGCUCUCCCUGGAUUUGGAGGUGGCUUCCAUGGCGGCAGCUUUGGCCUGGGUGGCUUCCAUGGCGGCUUCGGCGGCGGCUUCAUCGGCAGCGGGUUUGGCGGCUACCGCGGCAAGAGGAGCGCCGAGGCUGAUGCUGAACCCGGCUUUAGGCACGGCGGCGGCUUUGGUCUAGGUGGCUUCCAUGGCGGCUUCGGCGGCGGCUUUGGCGGCUACCGAGGAAAGAGGAGCGCCGAGGCUGACCCUGCACCCGGCUUUAGGCACGGCGGCGGCUUUGGCCACGGUGGCUUCGGUGGCGGUCAUGGCGGCUUCAGCGGCGGAUUCGGUGGAUACCGAGGCAAGAGGAGCGCCGAGGCUGACCCUGCACCCGGCUUUAGGCACGGCGGCGGCUUCGGCCAUGGUAGCUUCCAUGGCGGCUUCGGCGGCGGUUUCGGCGGCGGCUUCGGUGGAUACCGCGGCAAGAGGAGCGCCGAGGCUGACCCUGCACCCGGAUUUGGUCAUGGCGGCUUCGGUGGCGGUCAUGGCGGCUUCGGUGGCGGCUUCGGCGGCGGCUUCGGCGGCGGCUUCGGUGGAUACCGCGGCAAGAGGAGCGCCGAGGCUGACCCUGCACCCGGAUUUGGUCAUGGCGGCUUCGGUGGCGGUCAUGGCGGCUUCGGUGGCGGCUUCGGCGGCGGCUUCGGCGGCGGCUUCGGUGGAUACCGCGGCAAGAGGAGCGCCGAGGCUGACCCUGCACCCGGAUUUGGUCAUGGCGGCUUCGGUGGCGGUCAUGGCGGCUUCGGCGGCGGCUUCGGUGGCGGUCAUGGCGGCUUCGGUGGAUACCGUGGCAAAAGGAGCGCCGAGGCUGUUGCUGAACCUGGCUUCGCCCAUGGCGGUGGCUUUGGCGGCUUCCAUGGUGGUUUCGGCGGCUUCCGCGGAGGAUUUGGCGGCUUUGGUUACGGCAAGUAAGAUGAACGAUGUGCGGCCGUGACGGCCGAGAUGUAGUGUGUAGGCGACAAAAUAAACUGUGCACAGA